ACUAGUUGUAUAAAAUUUAUUAAAAAAACAGUUCGAAGUGGCAGCCGUGUGUAGUCUCUAACAAUCCGAGGAUUUCGGUGAAAAAACGUUCGUGUGCUUGUUUGUUUGUGAGGGAUUCGAUUCGAAACAGGUUUGGGCCAGACAGAGAGUUCGAUAAUCAAAUGUUGAGGCCUCAUCUUCAGCCUCAAGCACAACAUCGUUGCCGUCCACUCCAGAAAGUGAGCCCAGAGACAAGAACAGUUGGAAAGGCCCAAAGUCACAGCUAGACAUGGAUGGACCAAGCUUGCGAUUUGUCCUACUUUUGGAGUGGGGGGAUUUCGGGAAAAAGCAUCAAAGAGGAAAGCUGGAGUUGAUUAUACGUUAUAACUUGUGAAAGCUCACAAAUUUAGGCCUGUUAGUUACAGAAGAUCACCUGUAAGGCUAUAUGACUGAUAGCAUCUUUGACGGCUUGCAUUAUUUAGUCACAAUCAGGCAAACACACCAUCUAUAUUAUGAGAAGGAUAAGAAAUUGACCCAUGUACAUUUCAAAGCAAAAUUAGAGAGGGUGCUACUCAUCUGCUUUUGAAAGGCCUCCUAUGUUAAAUAGACGAGGAUUCCAACUCCAUUUGGGAACAAGGCAGGUAAAAACAUGUUUGUCCAAGAAACAAAACCCACAAAACCAAACUUUCUCCCCCACAGCACCGAGUUUCCUGGGCUCAUACAGCCUAGAAUCCCUUCCACCGUAUUGCCACCAACUUUAGCAUUACCUAACCCACCACAACAUGCUCAACCUUGUCGUCAAAACUUCUCAUUGGACUCUGUAGCUUAUACAAAACUGGUUCAGUUCUCUACCAGAUCUGGGUCUCUUAUUUAUGGCAAGGCUGCUCAUGGCCACAUGAUUAAAACUGCUUUCAGAUCAUGCCUGUUUUUGCUAAACAAUCUUCUCCAUAUGUAUUGCAAAUGUGGUGAGAUAAAUAGCGCUCAUCAGAUGUUCGAUAGAAUGCCAAAACACAAUGUUAUUUCAUAUAAUUCUCUGCUUUCUGGUUAUUCCCAGAUGGGUCUUUUUGUUAAUGCCAUGGAGGUGUUUAAUGAAGCAAGAGUUUUUGGUUUGAAACUUGAUAAGUUCACCUAUGCUGGUGCUCUAAAUCUGUGUGGUCAAACUGGGGAUCUUCUGUUGGGUAAGCUGAUUCAUGGUUUGGUUAUUGUUAGUGGGUUGGGUGAUAAAGUUUUUUUAACCAAUUCACUUAUUGAUAUGUACUCAAAAUGUGGUCAGGUCAAUAGGGCGGCACUUUUGUUUGAGUGUUCUAAUGAAUUGGAUGAAGUUUCUUGGAAUUCCUUGAUUGCUGGUUAUGUUAGAGUUGGUGCCAAUGAGAAAAUGGUGAAACUUGUUGGAAAAAUGCACCGAUCAGGAUUGAAGUUGAAUACUUAUGCACUGGGAAGUGUACUGAAGGCAUGUUGCACAAAUUUUAAGGAUUCAAAUCAACAUGGGAAAGCACUUCAUGCCUUCUCAGUCAAACUUGGGUUGGAUUUGGAUGAUGUUGUUGCAACUGCAUUACUUGAUAUGUAUGCAAAGACUGGGGAUUUGGUUGAUGCAAUCCAGCUUUUCAAACUGAUGUCCAACCAAAGCGUCAUCAUCUAUAAUGCCAUGAUUGCUGGAUUCCUCCAAGGCGAGACCAUUAGUGAUGAAUAUGCAAAUGAAGCUUUCGAUCUUUUCUCUAAGAUGCAAAAGAAUGGAAUGAAACCCUCAAAGUUUACGUUCUCAAGCAUGCUUAAAGCUUGUAAUGCUGUUGAAGCAUUUGAUUAUGGAAUGCAAAUUCAUGCUCAAAUUUGCAAGUGGAACCUUCAAUCUGAUGAGUUCAUUGGAAGCGCACUUAUUGAUUUGUACUUUUUGUCAGGUUCAGUUGAGGAUGGGGUUAAAUGUUUUGCUUUAACUCCUAAGCUAGAUAUUGUCUUAUGGACAUCCAUCAUCUCAGGUUAUGUUCAAAACGGGCAUUUUGGAUGUGCAUUGGCUUUGUUCUAUGAACUUCUCUCAUCUGGAAGGAAACCUGAUGAGUUCAUAAUAUCAAGUAUGUUGGGUGCUUGUUCUAAUUUGGCGUCACCAAGAUCUGGACAGCAGAUUCAGGGAUAUGCAAUAAAAACUGGUAUUGGCAAAUUUACCAUUAUUCAAAAUUCACAAAUUUGCAUGUAUGCAAAGUCUGGAGACAUUGAUUCCACUCAUCUGACCUUUGAAGAGAUGGACAAUCCAGAUGUGGUGUCCUGGUCCGUGAUGAUCAGUAGCAAUGCACAACAUGGGUGUGCAAGAAAAGCACUGAGACUUUUUGAGUUGAUGAAGGGUUAUGGAAUUGCACCCAACCACAUUACGUUCCUUGGAGUUCUAACAGCCUGUAGUCAUGGAGGUCUUGUUAAGGAAGGACUACGAUACUUUGAAAGCAUGAAGAAAGAUUACUGCAUGACAGUUAAUGUAAGGCACUGUGCCUGCAUUGUUGACCUCUUGGGUCGCGCUGGAAAGUUAGUUGAUGCUGAAAAUUUCAUUCUGAACUCAGGAUUUGAGGAAGAUCCAGUGAUGUGGCGAGCCUUAUUGAGUGCUUGCAGGGUUUACAAGGACACUGUCACAGGAAAACGUGUUGCAGAGAGAGUAAUUGAGCUUAAACCUCAGGGAUCUGCAUCUUAUGUGCUUCUUUACAACAUCUACAAUGAUGCUGGGAUAAAUUUGCCUGCAACAAAAAUUAGGGAAUUGAUGAAUGAUCGAGGAGUUAAGAAGGAACCUGGUCUAAGUUGGAUCGAGGUAGGGAAUGAAGUUCAUUGCUUUGUGGUGGGUGAUCGUUCUCACCCAAUGAGUCAAGUGAUAUAUGCACGCUUAGAAGAGAUGAUGAAGAGGAUGGAGAAAUUAGGUUAUAUAGAAGAGAGGCCUAUUUCUAGUAUCUCUGAACCCAAACUCAAAGCCAGCACAGUGAUGAACUACCACAGUGAAAAGUUAGCUGUGACUUAUGGGAUUCUCUGUCUGCCAGCAUCAGCACCAGUGAGGGUGAUGAAGAACUUGAGAGUCUGUCAAGAUUGUCAUACAAUGAUGAAGUUUUUGUCGAGAGUAGAAAAGAGAGAGAUAAUUCUUAGAGAUUCAAUUCGUUUCCAUCAUUUUAGAGAAGGUACUUGUUCUUGUGGAGACUACUGGUAGUUUCAAUAGAAGUAAAUUUUUGGGUUAGUGAUAGUAGAAAUGAGUGAAUAUUCUGGCCACAAAUGUUGAGUCAUAUGAGUGAAGAUUUUGCUUUAGUAUUUGAAUCUAUCUUUUUUUAAAUAGCAAUAUUAUAAACAAUAAAUUUUACAA